UCCUCCCGGCGGCGGUGGCGGGGAGACGGAGGGAAGAUGUCGGCGCUGCUGCGGUGCGGCUCCAGCUGUAGGCCCAGGCUCAGGCUCGGGCCUGGCGUCCCGCCGCUGCCGCUGCUGCUGCUGUGGUGCGUGUGGGUGAGCGGGUUGCCGGCGUCGGGCCGCGCACAGGCCGAACUCACCCUCCGUGACGUGGGCGGCCUCCGUGGAUCAAACUGCUCAACACGCUUGCACAACGGCAGGCUGCCACUAUCGCAUGAAGGUCAAGUACGGAUCCGGAAGUGGCCAGCAAUCUGUCACUGGAGUAACGGAGGCAGACGACAGCAACAGUUAUUGGAGGAUACGCGGGAAAAGCGACCUUGUUUGCCAGCGGGGGAACCCCAUCAAAUGUGGCGAGACCAUCCGCCUGACCCACGUCAACACGGGCCGCAACCUGCACAGUCAUUACUUCACCUCACCUUUGUCAGGGAACCAGGAGGUGAGUGCCUUUGGCGAGGACGGAGAAGGUGACAACCUGGACGACUGGACUGUGGUGUGCAGUGAGAUGUACUGGGAUAGAAAGAAUCCAGUGAGGUUUCAGCACACGAUCACUGAGGUCCUGCUGUCCAUUACAGGGGAACAGUACGGGAGGCCGAUAAACGGCCAGCGGGAAGUCCACGGCAUGCAGUAUUCAAACCAAUACAAUUCCUGGAAAGCGAUGGAAGGGAUUUUCAUGAAACCUAUGGAGGGUUCCAAGGCUGGAAAUAUCCAUUCGGAACUAUAAUAAGCGAUCAUGAAUGCU